AUGGCUCUCCACAGAGGACUUGCCGCCAUCGCGGUCUUCUUUUUAGUUGCCAACGCCCUCGCGGCCUCUUCGGGAUUCUGGCGCGACCGUCAGACGGCACCGAGCGGCAGCGGCUCGAGAUGCAACAGCACCUGGUUCGCGCGGACCGUGCCCGCUGGCGCCACAGUCGAGAAGGUCGCCGUCGUGCAGCAGGGCGGCACGUACGGCGAGGGCGUGGCCGACAGUGCGUAUCCGACGGACCCGACCGAUCUGCCCGCCCUGUGCGCGGUCACAGUCCGUGUGCAGAGCUCGGCGUCGAGCAGCUACCGCUUCGGCCUGUUCUUACCGGAUGAAUGGAACUCGAGGUUCCUCGUCGUGGGGAAUGGGGGAUGGGCCGGGGGGAUCAACUGGCUGGAUAUGGCUGUCGGGCCGCGCUCCGGCAUGGCCUCCCUAUCCACCGACACGGGGCAUAGCUCCGGCACGACCGACAGCGCCUGGGCGCGGAGCGAGCCCGAGAAGAAGACCGACUGGGGCUGGAGAGCUGUGCACGGUUCGACAGUGCUCGGCAAGCAGCUCGUGAGCUCCUAUUACGGCGACAAGCAGCGCCUCACCCGCUCGUACUACAGCGGCUGCUCAACCGGUGGCCGCCAGGGCCUCAAGGAGCUGCAGCUCUUCGCGGAGAGUUUUGACGGCGCGCUCAUCGGAGCUCCCGCGUGGUGGACCUCGCACCUCAACACCUACCUGACCCAGGCCGGCCUGUACAACCUGCCGGCGACGGACGGCAAGCACCUCUCGCUCGCCGACAUGUCGCUGAUCGCAAACGAGGUGACGCGGCAAUGCGACAGCGCCGACGGCGUCGCCGACGGCAUCGUCAGCAGCCCGGAACUCUGCAAGCCCGACCUCACCCGCCUCCUCUGUCCCAGCACGACCCCCAACAACACCCUCGCGCCGUGCCUCACCCAGGCGCAAAUCAACACCGCCCAGAACAUCUACAACCCCUUCACGAGCGCCAGCACGAACAUCCUCCACCCAGGCCUGACGCCAAGCUCAGAGCCGCAGUGGUGGCUGGUGCUGGGCGGGGACGAGCCGUCGCCGUUCGGGGUCGGCUACGCGCGCGACUUCCUGUACGACGACGGCGGGUGGGACUGGCGCACCUUCGACGCGGGCGUGGUGGCCUUCGCCGAGGCGGCGGACCCGGGCAACGCCACGGCGGCCGACUUCGCGGCGCUCGCGCGCGUCCGGCAGCGCGGCGGCAAGCUGCUGCUGUACCACGGCCUCGCGGACGGGCAGAUACCUGCGGGAGACACGGAGCUGUUCUUCCGCAGGGUGGUGGAGGUGCUUGGGGCCGGUGGCGGGAGGGGGGGCUCCGGUGCUGCGGGAGGGGAGAGGGCCGGGAAGGAGGAGGAGAAGGCGGCGGCGGCGGAUGGGGUGGCGGAUUUUCUGAGGAUGUUUCUGGUCCCUGGGAUGGGACACUGUUUUGGCACGUCGGUGGACGCACCGUGGGACUUUGGCGGAGCGAUGCAGGCGGGCGUGCUGGGCAGCAGCGUGCGGUCGGUGCCGGGGUUCGAGGAUGCCGAUCACGACGCCCUCAUGGCGCUCGUCGAGUGGGUGGAGCACGGCAGGCCGGUGGACCGUCUUGUGGCGACGACGUGGAACAGCCCGCUGGAUGCAGCGUCGGGGGUGAAGCGGCAGAGACCGAUCUGCGCGUGGCCGAAGAAGGCGGUUUGGGAUGGCAAGGGGAAUGUGGAUGCGGCAGCGAGGGUUGGGAAGGGCAUCAUUGCCUCGUCCACCGGCCUGCUCCUGAAAACGCUCGGUCUUCGUGUCAGCUGCAUCAAGAUCGACCCCUAUGUCUCGGUCGACGCGGGGCUCAUGGCCCCGGCCGAGCACGGCGAGUGCUUCGUCCUGUGUUCCGGCGGUGAAGUAGACCUCGAUCUCGGAAAUUACGAGCGGUAUCUCUCGGUCCGCCUGACGAGCGACCAUAACAUCACCACCGGCAAGACCUACCUCAAUGUCAUCGAGCGGGAGCGCCGCGGCGACUACCUUGGCAAGACGGUCCAGAUCGUGCCCCAUAUCACCGACUCCAUCAAGGACUGGAUCCGUCGCGUGUCCAAGAUCCCUGUCGACGGUUCUUCCGAUGAGCCGGAUGUCUGCAUUAUUGAGCUCGGUGGCACUAUUGGUGACAUCGAGAGCAUGCCGUUCAUCGAGGCUCUCACCCAACUGCGUCACGAAGCAGGCAGUGGCAACUUCAUGGUCAUCCACGUCUCGUACGUGCCGACCGUCCAUGGCGAGCAGAAGACGAAGCCGACGCAGCAUGCCGUCAAGUCGAUCCGCAGCUACGGCUUGAUCCCGGAUAUCGUCGCUUGCCGGUGCGAAACCCCGCUGGCUGAGUCGACCAUCGCCAAGCUCGCCCUACACUGCCAGGUCGAGAAGGACCAGGUCCUCGUCGUGCGGGACAUGCCGACCAUCUACCAGGUCCCACUCCUCCUCAGCGAGCAGAAGCUCAUCCCGCAGCUCCGGUCCAAGCUCGCCCUGGACCGGGUCACCAUCUCGCCCGCCAUGGCGGCCCGGGGCGCGGAUCUUUGGGAGACGUGGAAGACCGUCGUCACGCCGAUUUACCAGGACGAGGUCAAGAUUGCGCUCGUGGGCAAGUACGUCACUUGCCAAGACGCCUAUCUCUCGGUCGUUAAGGCGCUCGAGCACUCGGCCAUGCGCAUCCGCCGGAAGCUGAACCUGAUGUGGAUCAACUCGGAGGAUCUCGAGCCAACGAACAAGGGCGGGGCCGCGCAGACCAAGUACCACAAAGCCUGGCACGACGUGUCCACGGCGUCGGGCAUCAUCGUCCCGGGCGGCUUUGGCCACCGCGGCACCGAAGGCAUGAUGAAGGUUUCCCAGUGGGCACGGGAAAACGAGAUCCCGUUCCUGGGCGUCUGCCUGGGCUUCCAGGUGGCCGCCAUCCAAUACGCGCGGGAUAAGUGCGGCAUGCCGGAGGCGACCUCGGAGGAGUUCGACGCGCAGGCCAAGGACCGCGUGGUCGUGAACAUGCCGGAGCUCGACCGGGAGAAGAUGGGCGGCACGAUGCGGCUGGGUCUGCGCAAGACCAUCUUCCAGCCGGACUCGGAGUGGUCGCGUGCGCGGUCUCUGUAUGGUGGCGUCGAGGUCAUCGAAGAGAGGCACCGACAUCGAUACGAGAUCAAUCCUGAGCUUGUCGAGACGCUCGAGAAGGCCGGCCUACACUUUGUGGGCAAAGACGAGACGGGCCAGCGGAUGGAGAUCUUCGAGCUCAAGGACCAUCCCUUCUAUAUCGGCACGCAAUUUCACGCCGAGUACCAGUCGCAGGUCCUCAAUCCGAGCAGACCGUACCUCGGCUUCGUGGCUGCCAGCGCGGGCUGCCUGGACGCCGUUAUCAAGCAGCAGCCGGUUGAGCCGUUCAACAUGAUCACUGUCAACGGCACAGCGAAAUGAGAUGGGACGUUGAAUAUCCCGGCUUCACACGGGUACCGAGACGCUCGUGUCGGCGUCCAGGAACGGGCCACGUCGCACCCGACCGUGGGUGUUCUCUUUGCAGCGGGACUGCGUUUAUCGGCAUGGGGGAGCAGGUACGCAUGAGGCUUCGGAAUAGCUAGGUCUGCUUUAGAGUUGGGGAGGCCUGCAGUGGCUGCUGUCAUGGCUCCGCGGACAUGCAGGUCAGGCGCAUGCGCUUUAUACAUUUGGCACCUAGAUUUGGCCUCUGGACUUUUUGCUUGGACACGGCGCAUUUUUGCAUGCACACACUCGCAUAACCGGUAGACUUUAGAUACCCGGUAGACUUUAGACGUGGUCGGCGUUCAGGAUAUAGGGGGAGGCUCUCUCCAACUUCAUCUAUCUGCUUGCAUAGCUUCUCAGGGAAUGGAUGAAAUGCAUGUGGGUGCCAGUUUGGCGGG